AUUUAACCAGUGGUACCUCAGUGGCAUUUCCUCCAACAUCGAUAAUUGGCUGACACACCAAAGAAAUUUGGAUCUCCAGUUCAACUUUAGAGAAUGGCGUCCAUUUCAGCUCUAACCGAGGAACUGGAUUCUGUAACUAAUGAGCUACAUGCAGUAGAUAUUCAAAUUCAAGAACUUAUGGAAAAGCAACAAGAGCUUAUUCAGAAAAAAACAGUCCUAACAAAAAAAAUAAAGCAAUGUUUAGAGGAUUCUGAUGCUGAGGCAAGCAAUGAAUGUGAUUCUUCACCUGCUGCUUGGAAUAAAGAAGAUUUUCCAUGGUCUAGUAAAGUUAAAGAUGUUCUGCAAAAUGUCUUUAAACUGCAGAAGUUUAGACCUCUUCAGCUUGAAACUAUUAAUGUAUCAAUGGCUGGAAAGGAGGUAUUUCUUGUUAUGCCUACAGGAGGUGGAAAGAGCUUAUGCUACCAGUUACCAGCAUUAUGUUCUGAUGGUUUUACACUUGUGAUUUGUCCAUUGGUCUCUCUUAUGGAAGACCAAUUAAUGGUUUUAAAACAAUUAGGAAUUUCAGCUACCACGUUAAAUGCUUCUAGUUCAAAGGAGCAUGUAAAAUGGGUUCAUACUGAAAUGGUAAAUAAAAACUCUCAGUUAAAGCUAAUUUAUGUGACUCCAGAGAAAAUUGCAAAAAGCAAAAUGUUUAUGUCAAGACUAGAGAAAGCCUAUGAAGCAAGGAGAUUUACUCGAAUUGCUGUGGAUGAAGUUCACUGCUGUAGUCAGUGGGGACAUGAUUUCAGACCUGAUUAUAAAGCACUUGGUAUCCUAAAGCGGCAGUUCCCUAACACAUCCCUAAUUGGGCUGACUGCAACUGCAACAAAUCAUGUUCUGAAGGAUGCUCAGAAAAUUUUGUGUGUUGAAAAGUGUUUUACCUUUACAGCUUCAUUUAAUCGGCCAAACCUUUAUUAUGAGGUUCGGCAGAAGCCCUCAAACACUGAAGAUUUUAUUGAGGAUAUUGUAAAGCUCAUCAAUGGGAGAUACAAAGGGCAAUCAGGAAUCAUAUAUUGUUUUUCUCAGAAAGACUCUGAACAAGUUACGGUUAGUUUACAGAAUUUGGGAAUUCAUGCAGGUGCUUACCAUGCCAAUAUGGAACCAGAAGAUAAGACCAAGGUUCAUAGAAGAUGGUCAGCCAAUGAAAUUCAGGUAAUAGUGGCAACGGUUGCGUUUGGAAUGGGAAUUGAUAAGCCAGAUGUGAGGUUUGUUAUUCAUCAUUCAAUGAGCAAAUCUAUGGAAAAUUAUUACCAAGAGAGUGGACGUGCAGGUCGAGAUGACAUGAAAGCAGAGUGUAUUUUGUAUUAUGGUUUCGGAGAUAUAUUCAGAGUAAGUUCAAUGGUGGUCAUGGAAAAUGUAGGACAGCAGAAGCUUUAUGAGAUGGUGUCAUACUGUCAAAACAUAAGCAAAUGUCGCCGUGUAUUGAUAGCUCAACAUUUUGAUGAAGUAUGGAACUCAGAAGCAUGUGACAAAAUGUGUGAUAACUGCUGUAAAGACAUUUCAUUCGAAAGAAAGAAUGUAACAGAGUUCUGCAGAGAUCUAAUCAAGAUCCUGAAGCAGGCAGAGGAACUGAAUGAAAAACUCACUCCAUUGAAACUGAUUGAUUCUUGGAUGGGAAAGGGUGCAGCAAAAUUGAGAGUGCCAGGUGUUGUUCCUCCCAUACUUCCUCGUGAAGACCUGGAGAAAAUGAUUGCACACUUUCUUCUGCAGCAGUAUCUGAAGUAUAUACAAACCCAUUUCUUGUCCUUUCAUAUUGUCUUUAUGAUUAUUUUUUAAUUGCAACAGAAUGGUUUUGCAGUUGAAUCAUCUCAAACUUGUCAUUCUGAACAAGCUGAUAAAAAGGAAGGAAAAAAUUCAGGUAACUUCCGGAAGAAAUCUGCAAACAUGCUUCAGCAAUCUGGUUCUAAAAUUACAGGGGCCAAGAAAAGAAAAAUUGAUGAUGCCUGAGAUAAGCGUUAGUACAUUUUCCAAGAAAAGAACAGUUUAUGCAUGUAUACACUAUUAUUUUUGUAGUUGCAUGUAUACACCAUUAUUUUUGUAGUUCAUAAAAAGUUUAAUUUUAAAAUAAUUUCAUUGACAUUUUAUACAUAUGGAGCUAUAUUUUCAGAGCUUAUCUCUGAAGAUUUGAGAAUUUGAAACCUUUUGAAACUUAAAUAUCAUGAAUCAUAUAAUUUUAUAAUAUGAAACAAGGGCAAAAACGCUUUUUAUGUAAAAUCCCUUAAAUGUAGAAUACUUGAGAAUAAGUUCACAUUAACUAUCUUAAGCUCUUUAUGCCUUGAUAUAUCUACUUGUAUUUUUUCUUUUGACAUAACUAUCUUUCUCAUAGUAAUAUUAUACUGAUACAGGUUCAUCACUAAAAGGCAGUAAUAUUUUAAGCUGAAUAAUGUAGAUGAUUUCAGUUUAUAAAAACAGCUACAGAAUUCUUUUUUGUUAAGAUAUUGCUGAAUCUCCAUUUAGGUAAAAUAAAACUAUUAGCUUCCAGAAACCACAGCCCUACUUUGACAUUUCACAAUCAAAAACUGGCUCUGGUCUACUAAAGUACAUUUUGGCUAAGUAGAUAACUACUUAGCUAAAUGUGCUUCAAAGCUAAAUCAGGAGUGAACAUGUUUAAGUUUAAAACACAGAAAUGAAUAAUGAUUUCUUACAUAGUAAGUGGUCAAUUUUGUUAGAAAAAUAUAUCUGUAAAUAAAUUAUUUGAACUGA